AUGAAAAUUUCCAGUGCUGCCUAUUUGUCUUUCAGUAACUACAUAGACGUUGGAGAAACAUUACGUUACAUGCCCCAUCCCCAAGACAAAAAUAAAACUCUUCUGAAACAAGAGGCCAUCGUUACCGUACAGGGAGCGCCUCUUGCUUCAUACAUGGAGGAUCUUUUGACCAAAAGAAUUUCUUUCAAUGCUGGAAUGGGACGACAAGCUGUUGAAUGGGUGAUCAAGCUUGAUAUGGAAAUGAAAGACCUCGCUACCACUGCAGUUAAGUCUACGGAUGAAUUGCUGUCGCAAACACGUCGUCAGAUAGAUGACAUAACGAUUAAAACUAAACGUGGCAUGGACGAUCUUCAGCACGCUGCCAAAAAAUCACUGGACGAAAUUCACACUCUUACGGCGCCACCGUCGCCGCAAUCUAUGCCUAAAUUAUAG